CUCUCCAGCCAUUUGCCAGCGCCGUGAACCGAGGAGAAUAGAGUACGAGGAGAGGAGGCCGAGGAAGCUCAGAACGUGGUGCCGAUCGAUCGGGGGCUCGGCUCGAAGUCGAAUCCGCCGCGCCGUUUUUCUAAUUCGCCCCCCGCCGCGGCGCGUCCGAGAUCCCCGUCACGAGCGGAGUCUCCAGCCGGCACGCGGAUCCCCGCGCGUCUCCUCCGCGGUGUCACGAGCGGCACGUGGGGUGGGGGCGCGUUCCCCGGCCGCCGCCCAGGCCACUCGAUAAAGCGAGCCACCACGAGAGGGUGAUCCUGGGCCGCUGGGACUGGGAGGGAGCCAUGGCGGAGCAGGAGGACGGGAACAGGAGGCGGCGGGAGGUCGAGGCGCCGGUCGUGGCGCUGGAGUGCGUGGCGGGGAGCUCCAAGGCGGAGGAGUGGGGCGGCGGCGGGGGCGUCGUGCAGGAGGGGGACGUGGUGGAGGCCGUCCGCGUGGGCCGCGGCUCCCGUGGCGGGGGCACCGCGGCCGCGCUGGAGCUGGAGGCGCCGUUCAAGGGCGGGCGCGCGGGGCUGCACAAGGCGCUGCACGCGGCGUUCAAGCGCGGGGACACCUCCGUCGAGGUGCGCGUGCGGGGAGGCAGGGAGUUGCAGGCCUGCAUCGUGCCGCACCAUGCCAGCCCCGGCGGGGGCGGAGGAGGAGGAGGGGGGAGGAAGCAGUACGUGCUGCGGUCGAUGCACGACCCCAACUACGUGCUCGGAUUCGUCGACCGCCUCGAGAGCGAGUGCCUCGUCUUGCAAGCUCUGAACUUUCUACAUGAACACAACGUGGCAUCUGUAUGUCUGUAUCUGCGUUUAGGCACGAGGAGCACAAGAGUUGCAUCAGCAUUGAGCAAGGCACAACUCCAAGACGGAUACGUGGCAUAUCCAUGGGAGAAGAAGAUGCGCGACACUCUGCGCAUGCCCAACUCUAGCUGCUACCUCUCGAUGCUCGUCCUUCCCAAGGCUCUGGACUCGAACGCUUGUCGCUACGAGUCCUUUGACGACACACUGGCGCGUGCCAAUGCAUGGAUCUGCUCAGCGCAGGCCUCGGGCAUCCCCGUUGAUUACAGGAAUGUGCAGAGUGAAGCUCUUCUCACCAAGAUAUCCGGCGAGACAGCGUCUGCAACUGUCAAUUCAGGUUCGUUAUCUGAUCUGUCGAACGUCACUAAUGCGACGCUCUACGGUUUCGAGGAUUACCAUGGGGUGGACAUUGGUGUGGUAAAGGCAGCACGGCUUUGGUACAGCUCCAUAGGAGAACUGCUGCUGGAGAUCCCACUUGAAGAAGGUGACACGAGGCUUGGCUUUGCCAUCAGCCGAACUGAAGAGGGUUUUAUCUACAUAUCCUCAGUGGUUGAUGACGAAGAAUGCAAGGGUCCGUCAUCGCGAUCAGGGCUCCGUGAUCUGUUCAACCGGGCCAAAGAGGCGUCCAAGCUGCUGGUCAUCUCAAGAGUGUCCAAUGAAAAAGUCCUCCCCUGGAUGAUCUCCAGCUCAGGGUCAGUUCGUUGCUUCGACACCAUCUCCCUCAGCCAGAAGCUCUCCUUGCACCGCCUCGCGGUGCGCCCCAUCGAGCUGCAUCUGCUCGCGUGGGAGAAGCCAGCUGGUCCAGUGGGGAGGAUCUUCCACUCGCCGAAGCUGCCCCUGCCUUCAACGCUGCUCCCUCAGCCACACCAAAACGUCGUGACGGAGAGCGUUGAGCCUAGAGUAGAUGCUGAACAAGACUAUGUGGGGGAUCUGUCUUUUCGGCUCGAUGAUAUCUCAUUUGAGAGCAGUUGGGUGUGAUUCCAGGUUUCAGUUUUGUCAUACAGGCAUCUGAUGUGCAUAUGUAUAUUUUGGUCUUCUCUAGUUCUCUGGAGCGGCAUGCUCAGUUUUGUGCUGCAGGAAUGCAGACGCCUCCUUGAAAAUGUUCAGAACCUUUCCGGGUUUCUGGCCGAAUCAGGGAUAAGGCUUUCAUAGCAUCUGAAAAUUAUGUUGUGAUGGAACAUUUUUUGUUGAUCAUAACAUAACAAUGGAGUAAUCAAUCACUUUCACAUUUC